GCCAGUAACAGGGCGACGAAGAAGAAAAAGAACUACUAAAACAACCCUCCCACCGACCGCGCGGAACGAGGGAUGUGCUAAGUCAGCAAAAGUGGCGCAUAUUUGGCGGAUUGUAACUAGUUCGCAAGCAAAUCGAAGUCCAGUCGCGUAGGAUUAUUUGUAAGGAACCACGCCAAAGGGUUGCGGCAAAAUGGAUGAAGUGGCGAUGCUGUUUGCGUUGGUCAUCGUGAUGCUGGUGGGGUCGUAUUUGGCCGGAAACAUUCCAAUGUUAAUGUCGCUCUCGGAGGAAAAGUUAAAAAACGUUUCCAUUUUCGGAGCAGGCCUUCUGGUGGGAACCGCCCUGACCGUUAUCAUACCGGAAGGCAUCCGCUCGCUCUACGACGAACGUUCGCUGGAGGCGAAGGGACACGGGACAUCGGCGGGUGUUGCAGAAGCGGCCGGUGAGCACAAGCACAGCGACGACGAGCACUCGGCCACGAUAGGGCUUUCGCUCGUGCUUGGCUUCGUGUUCAUGAUGCUCGUCGAUCAGGUGUCCUCCAGGCGCACGGAAGGGUCCAGCGAACGGAACCUUACGGCCACGAUCGGUCUAGUGGUGCACGCGGCAGCGGACGGUGUGGCUCUGGGUGCUGCGGCCACCACAAGCCACUCGGACGUGGAGAUGAUUGUGUUCCUGGCGAUAAUGUUGCACAAAGCGCCGGCCGCGUUCGGGCUCGUCAGUUUCCUGCUCCACGAAGGUGUCGAGCGGGACCGGAUCCGGAAGCACCUGUUGAUUUUCGCUCUGGCGGCACCCGCCCUUACGCUGCUGACGUACUUCGGCAUUGGCAGUGAGCAGAAGGAAACGCUCGAAUCACUGAACGCGACCGGAAUCGCGAUGCUCUUCUCGGCCGGAACGUUCCUGUACGUGGCGACGGUGCACGUACUGCCGGAACUUACGCAGCGCAGUGGCCACGGUCACCACGGGCACGGCCAUGGGCAUCACGGAAACUACAGCCUACUUGAACAACAGCCACCGAGCACGACCGAUGUUGUCACCGGGAAACCGGUAGCCGGAGCUGGCACCGGAGGUCCUGGAGGACUGCGCAACUGUGAGCUGGCAUUGCUCAUUUUGGGCGCUUUGGCGCCGCUCGUCCUUACGCUCGGUCACCACCACUAAUGGUGCCAGCGCGCCACGAAAAUCCCUCCGCCUGCCACCCUUCUUAUCGAACAAUGUUACUUUACGCUGCUCUGAAUGUGAUUCCAAUGGGUUCCAAGUGCAACAACGAAAAGCUGUAACAUUAGUAUGUGACUCAAUUUGUUCCACCUACUUUCUGGUCGCUUCUGUACUCGCCAACGGCGAGUGCGUGGGCUGUGGUAAUACCCGAUAGCAAUAACUUGUGCCGAAUUGGACCUCUCUAGGUUUUAAGUGUCUUGACGCAUUUGCAAUUUUAUUUUCCUUGUUUUGCUUCGUUUUUUACAAAGGCUG